AGAUCGGGAAUGCCGGGGCAGGUUAGGUUCCGGGCGGAGCUUUCCCCUCAGGAGGAACCUGAGCCUCCGCCGAAGCCUUCUGAUUUGGGCGUUCCGACGAGCACUUUGAGAGCUGGACUUGGGGCCUUAGGGUUUCUGGAGACCGCGUAUCUCACCUACGUGAAGUUCACUGGCGCCGAGGCCUUCUGUCCUGUCGGAGGCGGAAGCUGCGGAGGUGUUCUCAACAGUGAUUACUCCUUCAUUUUCGGACAUUGGCUUUGAAGAGGUCAGAAAUGGGAUUGGUCUACAGUUGGCCAUUGCUGGUGUCGUGGUUGUGGCUUUAACAAAUACAUACAGUAUGGCUGAUACUCAACAACCUGCGUGAGUUUUGACCAUUUUAGAACUAUUAUCUGCAUUCUUCUCAAAAUUUCUGGUAUUCUCUUAUUUAAUGCCCCUUAUGUUCGUAUAUUUAAUAUUGGCCGGUUAGAUCUUUGUAAUCAUCAACGUAGUUCUUUGCCAAGUAAACUUCAGUAAAUAUUUCGAAUAUUGUUUUAGUCAUAGGACUCAUAAUCCCGAUGAAGAGCAUUAUGUUUAUUUUCUGUUUAAUGAAUUCCCAAUAGGAAUUGAUCUGCUGCAUCACUAACAUAUCGACCCUACUGUGGACUGAUGAUUGAUGACUAAUGAUCUGGUAGGAUCCAACUAAGAUCAGUGGCUUUAUGGUUAGCAGAAAAAAUGUUGUCUCAAGCUCAAAAUAAUGAAACUAGGUACAUGUUCAAACUUUACAGUCCUUAUGCAUUGGAUUCAUCUAGUUUAUGGAUCCAUUGUAAAGGCCACAUCUGAUAUCCAAUUGCCUAUUCUGCAAUCAGCAGAGCAACAUAUUGUGAAUUUGAAGCACAUUUUUUACUUUCAGUCCAAUAAGUAGCAACUUGAUGUAGAUGCCAAUGCGAUUACGAUAAAUGUCAUGUGUUGUCGCAAAAAUAUGUAUAUCAUCGUGCAUAUCUGUUGUCUGACUGUAUGUGUACCUCAUGAUUACUCUUGAAACAUAGGAUCUCGACUAUUCCAUCUGUUAAAAUAUGUAUUUCCUUAAGCAUGAGGUACAUAUACACACAAGUAGACUUAAAUCCUUAGAAAAUACUUCUAGUCCUAGAUCGAAAGGGUCUGAAUCCUGGUUCAUAAGAAUACUAUUAUCUUAACUGUGCAGAUUGCUCUGUUUGAACACUAUCUGAAUUACUGUCCUUCCUAAUCCUACCUAGUUAAAGAAGGCUUAAAAUCUAGAAAAAAAAAUGCUACAAAUCAUUCACACUGAGAAUUUUACAAAGGAUAAGUUGGUGCGACAAUAUGGUAAGAUAUGGCACAAAUAACAUGAGUGUCAUAUGAAUAUAAGUACGUUCACCUAGUUGCCUAGAUAGAACCGCUCCUUGACCGUGCCAGAUGCCACACAUCUCUUUUCAUCUACAAGUUUUGGGUUCUUUUGUGAGUUAAUAUUUCACUUUAACUUAUCUAUGAUUAGAUUCUUUGGAUAUACAAAUACUGCUUUAUAUGCUCUUUCUUUCUUUUCCCUUUGUUUUUUUUUUGGCAGAUUAAGUGACAUUACUUUGGAGCCAUAUGAAACUGAGAUAACUAAUCAGUCAACACCUUUGGCUCUGUCUCUCGCAAAACACCUCCGUUCCAUAGGGGCAAAGAUGUAUGGGGCUUUCUGGUGUUCCCACUGUAACGAACAAAAACAGAUGUUCGGAAGUGAAGCUACAAAAGUAUUGGACUAUGUCGAGUGCUUCCCUAAUGGUGCCGGCAAGGGAAGAACCAUGGCUUCAGAAUGUUCAUCCGUCGGAAUCCAAGGCUUUCCUACAUGGGUUAUCAAGGGCGAGAUCCUUAGCGGGGAGCAGGAUUUGCAAACCCUCGCAGAGGCAUCAGAAUUCGUUGCAGAUGAGUUUAGUCCAUCUUAAUCCUUAUCGAUAAGUUAGAUAGCCAAAUGAUAAUCCUAUAAUUUGUAAUCUUCUGCGAUCAUCUGAAAAUCAUUUUAUUAUAGGACUUUCGUAUAUUAUCUGUCGAAUAACUUGAUGGUUGAAGAUUUUGAUGAUGGGAAUGGAAGAAAUUUUGUAUUCAGUCUGUCCCCACUUCAAAGUGGUUCGAGCACAAAAAAAGGAAACACUUUCCUUACACGCAACUUGCAGACAUUUAGAAGAAUUUAGGGUCCCUUCCGUCUCUAUCUAUAAAUAUUCAAACACGUCAAUUGGAAAAGUCAAUUCCUAAGUCAUGUUUUUUUUUUUUUUUUUUUGGUGUAUUCUGUGGUCAACUCUUCACAUUGGCAGUCGAGACAAGUCGCCAUCACUGUGGGUUUUUUUCCUCCAUUUCAUCCGACGGACUGUUUUGAAUCCAUCACGACACACGUGUCGAAUCCACGGCUUUGGUUCUUCUACAGGUAGUACAAAUUGUGGUAAAAGAUGGGUACGUUUAUUUCUAAUAAUAAUUCGUCCAGAAUUAAUACUUCGUCCAGAAUUAAUACGGAGAAAAUAAAUUACUGACAGACUAAUAACAUGAGAUUUGCUGGUCAUUGGACCCAAUGAGAUUUGCUGGUCAUUGGACCCAAGGAGACUUACAGUACAAAGAUCGAAAGCUGAGAGAGAGAGGAGUAGCGAAAGGAUGACGAGGACGAUGGCUCUGCUCCUCCUCGUCGUCGGCCUCGCGGCGACCUCCACUGCCACCGCCACCUUCACCUGCAACUCCAACGCCACGUGCCGCUCCCUCGUUGGCUUCCAUCCCUCGACCCUCACCACCUACGGCGCCAUCGCCGACCUCUUCCAGGUCGACCUCCCUUCCCUCCUCGGCGCCAACGACCACCCUGCCGGCACCCCCUCCGUCGGCGCCGUCCAGUCCGGAGCGCUAGUUCUCGUCCCGAUCCGCUGUCGUUGCCUCAACGGGACGGGAAGGUCGGACCGGACUCCGUUGUACACGGUCCAGGCCGGCGACGUGGGGCUGCUAAACAUCACGGCGGUGUGGUUUGGGAACCUGACGACGUACCAGGAUAUCGCGGCGGUGAACGGGCUGCCGAACGCGAACAACAUCGAGGUGGGGCAGAGCCUGUGGAUCCCGCUGCCGUGCAGCUGCGACGAGGUGGGCGGGGAGGAGACGGUGCACCUGGCGCACAUGGUGGAUCCCGGGAGCUCGGUGGACGCGAUCGCGACCGAGUUCGGGACGACGCCGGAGACGAUCAUUUCCCUCAACGGCAACCUCGACCCGACGCAGCUGCAGGCCUAUCAGAUCCUCGACGUGCCCCUCCGCGCUUGCUCUUCUUCCAUCUCCAACACCUCCCUCGACUACGGCCUCCGCCUCGCCAACCACAGCUACGUCCCCACCGCUGGCGGCUGCGUCGCCUGCUCCUGCAGCGCCGCCACCUACCGAUUGGAGUGCUCUCAAUCCGGAGUAAGCUCCGUGUGCCCGUCGCCGGCCACAUGCCGACCCAACUUUUUCAUCGGCAACACCACCUCGACCUCCGGCUGCACCGCCAACACUUGCGCCUACGCCGGAUACACCAACAGCUCCGCCGCCGUUAGCGUCUUGACCACCAACGCCACCGUCACCAGAACAGAUUGCAACGAUGGAGGAAUGAGCUUGAAAGGAGUCAAGUGGAGUGGUGUUGCUCUUCUUGUGCUACAUAUCCUCUAUAUUUGUUUCCAAUGAGAUGUGUGAGUUCUCGUCGGUAAUUAGGGUAAUAAGCGCUCGGUCAAGUGCCUUUUCUUUUAGUUACAUGAAUAAAUUGAGGACCUUCAAUGUAUCGAGAUUUAUCGUGGAGGCUCCUUCACGAAGUAACAUUGAGUUUACGAGAUGACUAUUUCUUAUUCCAAUGAGAUGUGUGAGUUCUUGUUGGUAAGUAGGGUAGCGAGUGCUUUGUCACAUUGAUAAGUGCCUUUUCUUUUAGUUGUUUGAAUAAACUUUAAGAGUCUUUGAUUUAUCA